UUAUUCUAUUCUAUAGCACAGUUAGUGGCAGCUUCAAGAGUUAAUUCUCCUUUCCCCUGUUUUCCUUAUCCAGAUGAAAAGCCUAAUGGAGGCAAAAGCACACCAGCUUCACCAACUCAAGGUCAAGAGCUCAAGAGAAGCGAGAGUACUACGACAUCAACAACUCAGGGUGCUUCCUCCUUUCUCUCACAGAGAGGCACCUCCAUGCCAGCCACUCCAACACCACAGCCCUCUGGCUAUUUGCCUGUGCCCACCCCAACAGACGACAAAUCACCGCUGACGGUGGCAGCUUUUGGUGUCAUCAGCUUCAUAGUCAUCCUGAUAGUGGUUGUGAUCAUCCUGGUCAGCGUGGUCAGCCUGAGGUUCAAGUGUAACCGCUCAAAGGACUCGGAAGACAAGCAGAAGCCAGGGAGCAUCAUGGUAUCAGAGAGCUGCUCAGCAGGCCCAAGCCAGAAGGAUAACAGCAUCACUCUGAUCUCCAUGAAGAACAUCAACAUGAACAACAGCAUGAGCUACCCACCAUCAGAAAAGGUGCUAUGAAGCCAAGGGGCCCAGAGCUUGAAGCUGACUCAUGACAACCAGCAGUGACCUUCUAGGUUCUUUGAUGGUUUCUUUCCCUUGAGGGAAGAGCAAGGGUGGACUUUCUCUAUAAAUUAUGAUAUCCUUUCUGAUCGAUACAUUUCCAGUAGCAUCCCACAUAGCUUCCCCACCUGGGGCCUAAGGGCCUUCUCCAGUUACAGCUUGCCAUGCUCAGUGGUUGGCAUCUAACUGAAGUUGUGUUAGGCCUUCAGACACUCAGAAGCAUGAAGGAACAUCUACUUCACUACUAAACUGCUGCCUUAAUGGCCUUCAUGGUCCAUGCAGCCAGUC